AUGCUGCUUAUGAAGAUCUUAGAGAAAAAAGGAGGUGCUGGUGGCGGCGGAGGCGGCGGGGGUGGAGGUGACGGAGGAUGGGCAACCGGUGGCGGCGGCGGUGGCGCCUGGAUGCCAGCAGGUGGACCAGAUUACGGAGGAGGCGGCGGAGGAGGUGGGGGAGGGGGUUACGAUGCAAACGGACAAUGGCAAAGCAGAUCCAUACUAGAUCUUGGUGAAAAAGAAGAAAUUAUUGAGAACAAACCCAUAAUAUCUUAUGUAGCACCUGUAGUUCGAUACAACAAUAAAAAAAUUGAAACACCUAACAAAGAUAAUGAUGUCAACCAUGUAAAAAACGAUGGGAAUACUGUCAAAUCACGAAGGAAAAGAAGCAUUAUUGAUGUACUACAAAACUCUUAUAUUUAUUGGAUGAACAAGCUUUUAGGUAUCAACAGCAACAGACGAACUUCGAACAACUAUCCGAAAUACAAAAUGGUGAAUGGAGUAAAGUACGUUUUCUAUCCAUAUCGUCAACAAAAACUGAAGAUGCCUAAAGAAAUUCAGAGUAAUAGAAUCAAAACUGUUGAUGAAGGUUUUAAACCUAUUAUAACAGCUGAAGAUUUUAACAAAGGAGAAAUAGUCGAAGGAGCAGUGGAAAGUCGAAUGAAUAGGAAGAAGAUGAACAAAAUGAAAGAAACGGUUAAUGAAACUUUGGAUGAUAAUCCAUGGGAAUGA